AUGAUUCCGGCAUCUCUUUUUCAGAGAAACAAAAAAGAUAUCAAAAAACAAGUAUCCGAGAGUGAUGAAGACGAAACACCGAUGAGGAGAAAGAACAAAUUAAAUUUUUAAAAUCUGCAACUAGUUGAUUUCAAUGAGAUAGCAGAUCAAGAAGAAUUGGAAGCAGCCAAAGAGGAAGAAUAGUCAAAUCGAUUUAAAAACAAUAGUAUUAGAGAGGAAGAAGAAUCUGAUUAGAGUGAAUCAACUACGAGAAAAAAAAACAUUAAAUAACUUCGCCUACCUAGACUGAGUGACAGAAGAUAGUUAAACACUUCCGAUUAAAUGGAUUAAGUCUAGGAGAACCAAUAAAGUUAGGAAGAACCUAUGGCUGAACCAAUGGCAGAGUUUGUCAAAACUCCUUCUCCAAAUAGAGCAUAAAGUAGGUCUCCUAAUCAACAAAGUCAAAAACAGCCAACACUUCAAAAUUAAGAGGACAGUGGCUCUGAAUUCGAUAUCUUCAGCCCAAAUAAAUCUAUGGACAAGGAAUAGGCUCCAAGAAACAUUGAAUUAGAUGAAAAACUGAGUAAAUUAACUCAAGAGGCUAAUGCUAUUGAAAGAAUUUUACCUAAUUGUAUCAUAAAUCCAUAUGGAAGGUUUAAAUCCACUUGGAGUGGAGUUAUGAUUCUUCUACUAAUCUAUGUAGUUUUAAUCUUACCAGUUCGUUUGGCUUUUGAAACUAACACUCAAGAAUUACUGGGAUUAGAUUUAUCGAUAGAUUGUAUAUUUUUCUUAGAUAUGGUUUUCACAUUUUUCACAGCCUAUGAAGAUGAAAGAGGUAUUGUGAUAGUCGAAUUCAAAAAAAUUGCCAUCAAUUACAUGAAAGGGUGGUUCUGGAUUGAUCUUGUUUCAACCUUCCCUUUAUACCUAAUACUUGAUCCUUCUGUGCUUCCAGGAGCCUCAAGUGUUAAUGGACUUCUAAGACUGGCGAGAUUGCCCAGAAUAUAUAAAUUAGUUGGAGUUUUGAGAGUAGGCAAUCUUAUAAAACAUCAAACCAUACAGAAGUUGUUUUUCUUUUUAAAACUUAAUAAAGAAUACAGUCUAAUCUUAAAAUUUAUAAUUUUGACAUUCGUUGUUAUCCAUUUGGCUGGAUGCUUUUGGUAUUUCAUCGGAACCAUAAGUCCUGAUCCAAAUAGCAAUUGGAUUGUAGUUUAUAUUCCAGAUGGCACAUCAGCUGUUGAAUAAUAUAUAGCCAGUGUUUACUUUGUAUUGACUAUUUUGGUUACUGUUGGAUAUGGCAAUAUUCUACCUGUAAACAAUAUGGAGUAUGUGGUGGGAAUAAUCUUUCAAUUUUUGGGAGUAGCCUUUUUUGCUUAUGUCAUGGGUACAUUGACAUUUACCUUUGCUAAGCUCUCCUAAAAAUUAACUAUGAUUAAGGAAAGAGAAAUCUUUUUUAAUGAAUUAGCUCACACUUAUCAACUACCCAAAGAAACACAUGAGAGGUUAUUGAUGUCAAUUUAAAACUCCAUCUUCUCCCACUCUAAUCAAAUGUUAGAAUUUUAUAAUGAAGAAGACAUCAUACAAGAAUUGCCACCCUUAGUUUAAGGAUUAGUUUGUGAAUUCAUAUUUAAGGAUAUUAUAGAAAAAAUUAGAUUCCUCUAAAAUAAACCUAGAGGGUUCUUAAGGAGAUUGUUUCGAUCAAUGAUCCCAGUAUUUUUAAAUAAGGGUGAUGCCAUCUUUUUUAGAGGAGAACCUGCUGAUUUUGUUUACUUUGUAAUAGAAGGUAGAUUGGCUACAAAAUGUGAGGAUUAAAAUGGAAAAAUCAGAACUUUAAUUCAUGUUGAAGGAUCUUAUUUUGGAGAAGUGGAUAUUUUAGUAUCAAGAGCAAGAGGAGAAUCUGCAAUUGCUGAAUCAUAAGCAGAAGUCUGGAAAAUUAGCAAAGAAGCAUUUCUUAGGAUUCUUAAUGAUUAUGAAGAUGUAAAAAUGGAGAUUUUAGAUUAUGCUGUUAAGAAGGAGAAGAGUAGAAAAAGCACAGUGAAGAUUGUAAAAAAUGCUUAAUUUUUCGAAUUAAUAGCUAAAUCUAAGAAGGAUUAAAUUUGUUUGAAUAAAGCUUAAUUGAUCUUAAAAGUCAAAGAGAAAAUGAUUAAUUCUUUGAAUGAAAUAGUAAAGAAUAAAACUGAAAAUGGAAAAGAGUUAUUCCCUAAUCUUUCUGAUUUAGAUCUUUUCUUAGAUAAAGUGAGUGAAUAUAACAAAAUAAAAAAGAAGUUACAAAUAUCUGAUCAAGAUUUAACGUCACUCCAAAAUCUAAGAAGCACCAACUACACUGAUCCUGAAAUCGAAGAUUCUCUGCUAAAAGGAAUGAGAGUCUAAUCCCAUCUCUAAUCAAUUUAAGAAUAUUUAUGA